AUGCAGCAGAGAAAGCCGCGUCAUCGUCAGCUGCAAGAUGCUCCCGUGCGCCUGCCGAUCGCGGGAAAUGAGUCCGCAUCUGCUGUGUCCAUGACCUUAUUCCUAAAGGGAAUAAUCAGGCCAGACGUAGGGAUAGAGCAUUGGGGGGAGGGGGGAAAGGGAAGAAGAGAGUCAACUGGCCGAUGUCAUCGGGAAACGACGUCAUCCACGAUACCCCCUAGACGAAAUACCCCCGACCGGCUCACUCAGAAACAACACCAGCUCAGCUCCGAAUCACCGAAAAUGGUCGGCUCCAUCCACGAACGCAUCCGCGAAGACCUUAUCGGCAAGGAGCGUCGUCUCUGGACGGCGCUCACCUCUGCUGACCCGGGGCCCGAAAUCAAGAAGAUGUGUAACGAAGAAGCCAACCUACUGUUUCCACAGCGCGAGGUUCUGCACCUGCAUUCGAAGCCGUCAAUCAGCGAGGCGCUGAAGCCACCCUUCCAUCACUUCGACGAGUACGAACUGCAGGAGGUGCGCGUGAUCGUCAUCGACCUGAUGGCCGGGUCAGUAACAUACAAGAUCAAUGCGCGCCGCGGAGAAGAGACAUACCGGGGCACUGGGUCGACGACAUGGAGCCAGGGGAGUGAUGGAGAGUGGCGGAUUGUGGUGCAUCAGGAGACAUUAAUGUGA